GCUUCAAAAAUAAAUUAUAUAGCAUAACAUACAGUGUUCAAAUUCGCCAUACAAUGUGACUAUAGCAGAGAGAAUGGCCUUGGUAGUGAUUGAGUACACAACAUCACAGAUCAGAGAGAGAGAGAGAGGUUACACACAGACAAGACACUCAGACUCGGGCUAGUUUCAAUCUCAGCAGCUCGACCCACUGUUGACUGUCUUCCACACUGUUACCUAGGAAAUACCACGUUCUCGAGGGCAUGAUAAUGCGGAAACAAAACUCCUUAUCCUUGGACGUGUCCAAAUCUACAGAAAUUGCUUCCGUGAGAUCCAGUGUACCCAGUGGUUUCUUGUGUUGUUUGGUGCGGUAAUACGACAAGUUCUGGUUUCGCAGGAUGAACCAACGGACGCGCCAAGUCUUCCGAAUCCGUCCCUGUUUGGUGAGGUAGCCCUCCUUGGACGAAAUCGCCAUCGUCCGGGUGCUUGUUGUUGCUGUCAUGGACGAUGAUGACCCGUGGCUCGGCGAGCUCGAGUCCGUAUCACUGUCACUGGAGUCAUUGAUGUAGUUGGUGACCGCAUGAUGAACUACUUCCGUGUAGAGAUGGCUCUCCUCAACAAAUCUCGAGUAAGGAAAUUUUAGGACCACUCUGAUGUUCGAGUCCCCACCGAUAACCGGUUUUUCGAGUUCGAAGUGUCGUUUCAGCCCCCGAACGCUCUCAAAGGAGCUGUUCCCGAAGUGGUACCGGCCCCCCGGGCCAAUGGUGAUCCGGACGUGUUGGACAGAGCUCGAGAGUUUCACUGAAAGAACGUAGCCCUCCCCGUCGCUCGAGGAACGGAGGAGAAAGGUUCCUUCGGGCGCGUUGUCGAUGAGCAUGCACUCGGCUGCGUGUCGUGUGAGUUGGGGGUGGAACCAGUCCAGUACCUCCAUGGGGUCGUCUGAUAGGUUUGUGAGACUCCGAGCUGCUGCUGCUCCCCGUCCUCCUCCACCGUGCGGCUGUGGUGGGCGCAGUCUGUGCAAAAGAUCGACACUAGAGCUUCUGGCGGUCGCCAUCAUCUUGCCGCGAGGCCGGCCGGCUCUCUCUCUUCCUGUGUAUGUCCGCCCCUGGCUCGGAAUUUACCCGCCCCGGAGCUUCUCUGCUGGCAUUGGCAACACGCUAUUUGGUGCGCGAGAAUACGCAUGCGCACUGUGAAUUUCCAUUACGUCAUUAGUUUAAGCCUGAAAGAUGGUUCCUUGCUUUGAGGCCCGUAGAAACCUUUGUUCCUACGGUUUUUCCAUCAGUGUUGAUCAAGAUUCGAAUCUGAGCUACUAGCUGUGGCGAUGAUGUCUUUUGUGUUGUAUAUAUCUAUGUUUUUUUUGUGUUGCUCUGAUGGUCAAAGAAUUUUCCUUAUCAGAUGAGGAUUGAAGUGUGCAGUAAGUGUGCCUUCCAAAACUCCCUCAGAUGAUGACCAUAAGACCUCAUGAAAGGAGCUCAGUCUGUACUGUGUUUGUGUAUUCGUGUGUGUCUUGCCGAUGAUGUAAACCUACAACGUAACUGAAAUUUAUGGUUCUCAUUGAACCCUUUUGUGACGAGAGGUUUUCUGAGGUAAACCUGCAUACACACUACACAACUAAAAUAGGUAAAAGACACUACUCGAGCAGAGCCUAGCCCAGCAGCGCGGGCCGCGCAAAGUAGCGCGAAAUUAUGCGCAUGCGCGCGUUCGAACCGCUGCUGUGCAUGCACAUGCACGCACACACACUGCUAAGAAACCGGCCUGCUAGACGUUUCUUAUAAAAGCAAGCUGCUUUUUAUCGUUUCUCCGUCUGUAAAUUAUCCGGCUGUGCGGCGACUGAGAGAACUGUACUGCAGGAACACUGGUAAUUCGUCGCAUAAAGCAAGCCAAAAUGGGAUCUUACGCCGCUACAACUCUGCUAUUCGCGGCUGCAUUGCUGCAUCUCAGCAGCGCCCACGUACGACUAACCUUCCCGCCUGCCCGGACUCCUAACUACGACUUUCUAGACAAUGUUCGCACUGGAGGACCAUGUGGAGUCCCAGAUGCUGGCGAAAGCGACCCAGUGACGACACUAGUGGUGGGCUCUUCCCUGAACGUCAGCUACCACCUUGCCUACCCGCACAGGGGCGGCAUUCGCAUCAAUAUACUGGACUCCAACGGCACCAUUGUGCACGCUCUUCUGGGACUCGACUCAUGGCGUCUUGAAGACGAUUCCACAGCAUUUCGUCAAGAGGUGACGCUCCCUGAUGGAUUUGUGUGCGAUCGCUGUGUCCUACAGUUGAUGCGACAGGCUGCAGAAUGGUCGGCUACUGGGGGCUACAUCUUCUGGUCCUGUGCCGAUAUCUCCAUCCAAAACAGUGUCCAGUGUGAUGAGAGCUACUGCUCGGGGCACGGUACCUGCAGCGGCUUUGAGUGCAACUGCGAGCGAACCUACUACGGAGAUUUCUGCCAGUACAAAGAUGAGUGUGAGGAUGCCAGUGACUGCAGCAACAAUGGAGAGUGUGUGGAUCUCAUGGGAACCAUCUUCCCCAGGAGACAGUGCUUCUGCAACCCUGGAUACUUUGGAGACGCCUGCAGCAGAGUGUCAUCCCUGUCUAAUGCAACCAUUGAUCCCAACCAGUAUACCGUCAGAAAUGCGCUCCACGACCGACUCACCAUGUAUGCCAGAAUCAUCGAGGAGGAGAAUGAAAUAGAGAUAGCUCUGUUGCACAACGGGACAGGCUACGCUGCUCUUGGGUGGAAGCCAACCGGUCUCGAUGCCGAUUGCAGAGCCCAAGCACCGGGAUUUUUCCCCGUCGGAACCAACCCACUGUGGCCUAAUGGACAGACUUUUCCAUUGGCUGAUGGUGUUUUGGUGAUCAACAACGGUGGUAAUUGGACCAGUGGGUAUGGUGAGGAAGAGGGAGAGGAGGAAGGAGAAGAAGAAGGAGAAGAGGAAGGAGAGGAAGAGGGAGGAGAGGAAGAGGGAGGAGAGGAAGAGGGAGGAGAAGAAGAGGGAGGAGAAGAAGAGGGAGGAGAAGAAGAAGGCGGCGGUGCGCCCAUCCACCCAAUGGACUGUGCCGACAUUGUCAUUGGUCAGGCUCGAGGCAACCUCUUCAGAGUUUUCGACUACUACUCUCGCGAUCGUGCCACGCCACGUCGAGACUACUUCUACGGUGGAGACGAUGACAUCACCGCUGCCGUCGGGAAAGAGGUCAACGGAGUGACUUCAAUCAUAUUCAGGAGACCUCUAUCAACAGGAGACAGUUCAGCUGACCACGACAUUUCGGACUCGCUAAUGAGGGUCAUCUGGUCCUUUGGUCAGGUGUACCCCUACUACUUCCACAGUCCCAAUUCUGGGAUCGAGGCAGAGACAGUCUCUAACACCAGGUUCUACCAGCCUGACGAGAUCAAGUACCACGGGACCCGCAACAGGGGGGCCACCUCCAUCAACUUCUUUGACGACACGUUUGUAUUUGACCCGAGUGCGUGCUCUUCUGGGUUCAACACCAGCUGUGACGACGAGGGAGAGUGCGAGUAUGCAGCUAACUGGAGGGUGAGCGGGGACUUUGUCGAUUUCACUGUAUCUGCCAGAGUGGAUCUUGGACGGUGGGUGGCCAUUGGCUUCUCUGACGAUAUCUUCAUGCCAGCAAGUGAUGUAGUGGUGGGAGCAGUAGACAACACCGGAUACUUUGUAACUGACAGGUAUGCCUCCGCUAGAAGCCAACCUGCAAUAGAUAGCGAACAAGACCUCGAACUAACCUCUGCCGUCCACAACAAUGGAAUCACCACCAUUUCGUUCCGACGUCCUCGUGUUACCGACGACACCAACGACAUUUCCCUUAACGAGUGCCGUUACUUCCUGUUUGGGUGGGGUGGCCCUGCAACCGUGGCAACUGACACAAUUGGGUACCACCCGACCACGCCUAUUGUGUCACAGGAGAGGAUCUGUCUUCCCUUACCAACCAAUUGUCAAGACAAUACCAUGGCAACCGCUUCCACUGCAGGCAGUACCAUGGCAACCGUUUCCAUAGUGACACUGGUCCUGGUGACCUUUCUCACUAUGUUAUUUGUCUGACCCAUACAGUGACAUAAUAGGCAACUGUUACUGGUACUUUGCCAUGGAACUAUAGCCCACAUUGUUAAACAUCAAGUCAUAAUGUGUCGUCAUUCAUUCUCGUGUGUUUAUUAUAAUGGUGUAUUUUUACAACGUGAUCAUGAUACAUUACAUAAUGUGACCAUAGAAAAUUCGCACCUAUGGUAAAAGAAAGUCCAAAAAAAUUAAAUCUUUGAAAACUGUUAAACAGUGCUGCAGGAGGUGAUACGGUAAAAAUAAAAAAAUACUGCGACAUAACUGAUUUGCUGGAAUCUAGACAAGACUAGUUUCAGUGAGCAUCAGUCGUUGCUUCAUGUGUAGUGACGAGGGGACGCUGGAAUGAGCUGACGAAGUGGGAGGGGCUUUAUGAGAUGACAUCAUUGGUAGGCCCGAGGGGUGUGUCUUUGGGGAGGGAUAGUGGGCGGGGUCUUUGUCUGGGGGAGGAGGCUGAACUGGAUCGGACAUGGGAGUUCCUGAUUGCAUCGUACUGUCUGACAGUUGGUUCAGCCUCACCGAGGGAAGAGUACGAACCCUCACUCGAACCAUAACAUUUCCGCGGGGGGGCGGCCCCCAGACAACUAACCGAUUUGCUGGGAGGGGAGAAAUCGAGAUGGGAGUAGUCCUCGCUUGACGAGGAGACCCCUGUUGUUUGGUCUCUAGUCGAUAGCUGUCCUACAGGACGAGAUAGACCUCUGUCCUGAAUGGUAACGCAGCUCACCGCCCCUCCCACAAGUUGAGCCGGGGAGUGAUGAGAAGGAGGGGGACCCUCCGAUAAUCUCCUCUCGCCCCGGGGGGUGGGGUUUCGCUCCACCCCCCACAGGGGGUUGGCCACACCCACAUUGUUAAGACUGCUCGUGCUGGCUGUGGGGAUCUGGUACGGUUGAGCAGCUGUCUUCACGUGGGCGCGUCGGGGUUCAUGGGGAGGGGACCCUGAUCCCGGGGCAGCGAGAGGGACCACCCCGAGUCGUUGAAAUUUGUUU